AUGGACAGAAACGAUAGUGUUGACCGCUUCUCCUUUCUUCCAGAUGCUCUCAUCCUCAUCAUCAUAACCUGUCUCCCCUUCAAAGAGGCUGUAAAAACUUCAGUCCUAUCAAAACGGUGGCUCCGCCUCUGGCAGUCCACCGGAAACAUAGACCUCGACGAGAAUUUCUUCGUCAAGGCCGGAAGCUCCGGCGAGACCAGGGCCACUCAGAGGAGCCAUUUCGUCGCAUUCCUCCGCUUCUGGACGGAAAACUACACGGAACCCAAAGUCAAAAAGUACCGCUUCGUCUAUUCGAACUCACCGGACUUUCAUCUUCCGGCGGUGCAGCAUUGCAUUAAAUUCGCCGUCGACCACCGCGAACUCACAUCGCUCGAUCUUGAUUUCUCCGACCCUGAUUGGGACGAAGAAGAUAUUUCCGUCAACCCUCAAACGCCGCCGCAUCUUCCCGCGAUAACCCUCGAUAAACACGCAGUUCUAAACUCCCUCCGAUUGUCUGCAUGCAACUUCCGUGUUCCGCAAUCCAUCACCUUUUCCGGGCUGAAGAACGUCUGCUUGGCAUGGAUGAAAAUUCCAGGCUCCUCUCUCUACAAAUUUCUCAAGCUCUGCCCAUCGCUCGAAACCCUAAUCCUUAGAAGAAUCUGGAACGUCGGAAGCUUCGACAUCGAAGCGCCGAACCUAAAGUUCUUGGUUCUCGACAAAUUGUCCGGGCCCGAAUUCAUUUCCGUGAGCGCUCCGUCGUUGAGUUUCUUUCAGUACUCGGGCCUUUCCGUUUACCUGCAAAUGGAGUACAACCGAACCAUGACGGAGGCUAUUUUCGACUUUUCACUUCAGCCGACGUGGGACGAGGAAGGCGAUCCCGAGAUGCUUUACAAUUUGCUGUCUGAAGUUUGGAGUGUUAAGGUUCUCACUGUCUGCAGUUACAUGCUUCAGGUAGUGCCGAUGGCGGAAAACUCGUUAUCGCUCCAACCGAGACUCGAAAACGUGACGCGCCUGGUUUUGAAGACACAAUUGCACAUCCAAGAAUAUUAUGGGAUCACAUUUUUCCUCAAUAGUUGCCCUAGAUUGGAGGUUCUUUCUAUCGACAUCGGCCCCAAGAAAAUUUUCGAGGAUUGGAGACCUCCAUAUGGUAUGAGGGAGCACCCGUUCUCGAGUAAUUUAUGGUACCCUGCGUGCGUGGAGAGCACCUUAAAGAAAAUUGAAGUAAAAGGUUUUAAGGGGGAUGACAAUGAAAUUACUGUGCUAAGGUAUUUAUUGAAAUACGGGAAGGUGUUACGACAUUUACACAUUGGUUUAUCAAAGGAGAGAGGCGCUGACGGCAUCGACAUGGAAUCGACUUACCGUGAAAAUAUUCAAAAGUUGAUGGAUCAUAUUAGCUCCCCACAUUUGCAAGUUUAUGUUGUGUAAUAGGGUAUACUAUAAAUAAGUCGAAAGACGAUUGAGUCUUUCCGUUUUAUUAUUUAUCA